CGCACUGAAGAACCCCCUGCUGCGGUCGAUGAAGGGCAUGUUCGCGGGCGCGCGCCGCCUGGUGCUGGUGAACGGUACCGGUUGGGACGUGUCCCGAAUCACCGACUUUUCCUCCAUGUUCGAGGAUUGCAUCGUGCUGGAGAAAGUUCUUGGCCUGGACAAGUGGGUCGUAUCCGGCGGCGUUCGAAAUGUGUCGCACGCGUUCGCAAAAACGAAGGUACGGUUUGAGCCGGGGUCUAGCGAAGAUCUGAAGCAUUGGUUCACCCCGAUCAACGAGGAUGAGCAGCAGGCCGCUUCGGCUUCUUCGUUGCGGCGGGGACGGCAGCUAUCGACGUCCAGCAUACGACGGCUGAGCACCGGCGUAGACAAUCUGCAAGGCAUGUUUUACCAGGCCCCCUUCGCCAACCCGAACACGACCUUGUGGCAGACGCAGUUCGUGACGGACUUCUC